AUGUAUGGGCAAAUUGGGGGCGGGGGCCAACUCGGAGUCGCCCCAAAGCCGGUCGCGGGCGGCGGCGCCGGAAACGCCGAGAUUACCGGCUCUGGGAGAGACCUCAGGGCGGCCACCCUGAGAAAGGUCGCCGGGGCAGUUGGGGAGACGCCUCCGAGGAGCUCGAUCACAAUGUUCUUUGCUGCCAUCUUUUUGCAUGGCCUGUGCCUGGCCAACGCCGUCAACUUCACAACCGUCUACCAGUGGGAUGAAUUAGAUUUCAUCUGGCCAUCAGGAACUGAUAGUUCAAUCGGACAGAUGAAAGAUGAAUACAAGCCAGGCAAUAAAAAAUACAACUGCGGUUCUAUUCAGAGGGCCAGAGGAAUGGAAACUGACCCUGAUGGUCGGUUGUGGAUUCUUGAUAACGGUAGCAGAAAUUGUGCAAGCAAAGUUUGGAUAUUCAACCUUCUCAAGAACGACACAAUCGAGCGCGUUCACCACUUCCCGGACACAGUCGUCUCUCAUUCAUAUGGAAAAAGGAACCUGUACGAUGUAGUGGUCGACAAAACGACAGACGAUUAUCUUGCGUACAUCACGGACUUUUUUUCAGAGCACGUUGUCGUUUAUAGUAAAAUGGACAAAUCCUGGGAAGCGAGACAGUUGUACCUUAGAAGAUUUGAUUCCAAAGAACUGUACUCGGUGUCUGUGUCUGAGUUGAAGAACGAAGGCGGAAACGCUGCUGUGAAAUUAAUCGGCGAGUGGACUGGAACACCUUACAGAAUGCUAAUCGACAGUGCCAAUGUCUUGUAUGCCGCCAUUUCAUUCCAGAAUUACCUCUCCAAAUGGAAUAUUUCGGAGCCCUUUCUUGAGCAGCGGUUCCAUGAGGCUAACUUGAUCAAAUAA